AUUCUCCUGAUUUUAGACUCAUAUUCUUAUUAAAGCAUACACUUUCUGUUCCUGCCACUGAUUCGCAUUAUUGUCCUCCAGAGCCCAGUGUGAGCCGGCAGGUUUUUUUCUUCCCUCCCAGUGUGUGAAGUCCGUGUGGAUGCGCCGGAGAGGAGCUCUGCGUUCUUAGGGGAGGAGACGAGCCAAGGCAAGUUCGGAUCAGAUCAAGAAGGAGCUCACCGGUAGAGCGAGACAGACGGCGCCAGGGGAGAGACGCGUGUUUGUUUGUGGCGAUUGACAUUAUUUUUGUUAUCGAUUAACGAGACAGCGUUUCUCCAGAAAGAGAAAACAAAAGUGCAGGGGAUCCCCAAACGACACGGGGGAGACAUGCAGCCGGCGGCCAGACGGACUUUGCUGCUUCUUCUAGUGGUUUUGUUAACGCAAGACUGCUUCUCAUCCAAGGCAGAGGACCGGCUGUUCAAGAAACUGUUCAGAAGAUACAACCAGUUCAUCAGACCAGUGGAGAACGUCUCCGACCCCGUCACUGUGGAGUUUGAGGUUUCCAUCUCGCAGCUGGUCAAAGUUGAUGAGGUGAAUCAGAUCAUGGAAACAAACUUAUGGCUCAGACACAUAUGGAAUGACUACAAGCUGCGAUGGAUGCCGGUUGAGUUUGACGGGAUUGAGUUCAUUAGAGUUCCAUCAAACAAGAUCUGGAGACCUGAUAUUGUGCUCUACAACAACGCUGUAGGUGAUUUCCUUGUGGCUGAUAAGACCAAGGCUCUGUUGAAGUUUGAUGGCACCAUCACCUGGGUUCCUCCGGCCAUUUUCAAAUCCUCCUGCCCCAUGGACAUCACCUAUUUUCCCUUUGACUAUCAAAACUGCUCCAUGAAGUUUGGCUCCUGGACGUAUGACAAAGCGAAGAUUGACCUGGUACUUAUUGGAUCCAAGGUGAACCUGAAAGACUUCUGGGAGAGCGGCGAGUGGGAAAUCAUCGAUGCUCCGGGCUACAAGCAUGAUAUCAAGUACAACUGCUGCGAGGAGAUCUACCCAGACAUCACCUACUCCUUUUACAUCCGGCGCCUGCCACUCUUCUACACCAUCAACCUCAUCAUCCCCUGCCUCCUCAUCUCUUUCCUCACAGUGCUGGUUUUCUAUCUCCCGUCCGACUGUGGAGAGAAGGUCACGCUCUGUAUCUCCGUCCUGCUCUCCCUCACUGUGUUCCUGCUCGUUAUCACCGAGACCAUCCCCUCCACGUCGCUGGUCAUCCCGCUCAUUGGAGAGUACCUGCUCUUCACAAUGAUCUUCGUCACCCUCAGCAUCGUCAUCACCGUGUUCGUGUUGAACGUACACUAUCGCACACCGAUGACCCACACCAUGCCGGGUUGGGUGCGCUCGGUGUUUCUCAAAGUGCUGCCGAGGAUUAUGCUGAUGCGGAGACCGAUUGAUGAAGCCAGCAAGGCUGGGGGGUUGGACAGCAGUGGGGAGGUAGGAGGAGCUGGAGGGGGAGGAGGAGGCGGAGGAGGGAAGAAGAAGAAGAAGAAUUUAAUGCAGCAGGUCGGAGGAGGCUCCCUCAACUGUCUGGAGUUUGGGGACAGUAAGCUGUCCUCCGUGGAGGGCUGCACUGGGAAGAAAUGCCCUUGCCCGUGCAAGCAUGGAAACGAGAGCGCAGAGACUCCAGACAAGAUGCCGCGUCAGCUGAGUCCGCAGAGCAUCAACACGGUGGUGGCCUUUUCUGUGGUUUCACCUGAGAUUAAACAGGCCAUAGAGAGCGUCAAGUACAUCGCUGAGAACAUGAGGAGCCGCAACAAGGCCAAAGAGGUGGAGGAUGACUGGAAGUACGUUGCCAUGGUGAUUGAUAGAAUCUUCCUUUGGGUGUUUGUGACCGUCUGCAUCUUGGGAACCACAGGCCUCUUCAUCCAGCCGCUUUUUGGCUUCUUCUCAUAACCGCUGGCCGAUCAGGGUCUGCUGCGACCCUGUGUCGACCAAUCCUGAACAAGUGACUAACUCUCAGUUCUCAGUUGAUGAAUCAGAAAACAGAGUUUUCAGUCCCAAAGCAUUAUUUGAUGUGCUGGUUUUGCUUCUUGCCUUUCGCAGAGAGCAGUGACUACAGGAGCAGGGAAGUUGAGGGGCUAUGGUUCUUUUUAGGUUUGCAGGCUGGUCAGUAACGGACACAAAGGUUUUUUCAAGCCUUAAUUUUAAUCUUUUUAGCUGCUCAUUUUAUGAAAAUAAAAUUGCCACAGAAAAAACACAGAUUUCUGCUUCUGGAUGACCUCCUUAGAAAUCAAGGGGAUAAUAUAAUUUCUUCCAAUAAUAAACAAGUUCUUUCAUCUUACUUGUCAAUUGAAAUUAGUUCAAGGAAAUAUUCUUUAUUAUAAUUAAUAAUACAAUAAAUGUUUGAUUUGAAUGUGGCUUAACUACACCACAUUCCAUAGAGUAAAUUUCAUGCGAGCUGGUGGUCACACUCUUUCUGCUAGUUUCAUUACUGUUAGAAUUUAGGCUGUUUUGCUCCAUCCUGACUGAAAGGAUCUCCUGCCUCAUGAUGUUAUGUGGAAUGAAUCACUAGACAAAAAAGUGUUCACAAAAAAAGUGUAACAACAUUGUACAAUCCAGACAUGACCAACAUCAAUAACUGCACCCUGAGCAAUAAAAGGGAGCCAAAGCCACGACCUCACAUCCAGUCUAUAGCCUCUGUUCCAGUAGCUUCAGUAGAUCAGUUCGUCAUUCAGCAUUUAUUUCAUUGGUGUCUGAAAAAAAAUGAAGCAUGUUCAAUGAGCUUUCUUGCAUUUUGUUAGAUAAUCAUCAACCAGUACAAUACUCACUUUAACACCAAGUUAAAUGAUAGUUAGUUUGUAUAAAAAAACUACAUCUCCAUUAAAAGGAGCCAAACUUGCUCAUCAUGGCUUCAUCUCUUCUGUCAAGCCAUAACAUUGAGCCUGCAAACUAUUGGCUUAUGGGAGAUGGUGUUCAUUGAAGGCUGCUGAAAAGACUAAAUACACAAUAUUAGAUUGUUUCAAAGCGUAGUCGUAGUAACAUCCAUUUCUAUUAUGUUCUAAUGCUGUAUUUGUACUUAAUAACAGUAAGUGGAAUUUUGAAUGAGCUUUUAUUACUUAAGACACAGAAACCCGUAGUUCCACGUUGGUUCUCUAUACACAGCAGUUAACUGUGUUCAGAUUAAGCUCCAUUUUGUAGCUAUACUGCAAAUUUUAUAUGCUAUCUCUACAGAAAUGAUUUCUAUGACAGUCAUUUUUUUUAAAAACUUUAUAUGAUAAAAAAGAUGUCAAACAGACACAUUCAGGUCUUAUGUUUAUUUUGAGUAAGUAUUGCUUUUCAGGCCUUGCAGGCAGAGAUGGAUCGACCGAGGUACGUAUGUUAGGCUAGGAUCAGAACUGGGCACAUCCAUUAGUCCUUCAGAUGUUAGUGAACUCACAACUUUCCACCUCCAGUUGACAUGAGACAAACAGUUUUCCCACAUUGAACUCAAACCUCCAGCAGCUAGUUUGCUCUGCCCCCUCCAUCGAGCUGACGGAUGACUGUCGUACCCGCUCCCCGCUCUGAUUCAUCAAGCCGCUCGCUGUCAGAGCCGAUCCCGCUCUCUGCUUCUACGUGUCAUUUCCAAUUAGUGUUCCGAUUUCUGGCACAUUUGUUAACGCUUUUAACAAACAAGGGCAAGCUGUUCUUCUUUUUGUAAUUAGAAACCAUGUGUUUAUAAAUGUUCUGAUUAAUGUUCCACAAGGUAAUUGGUUGGCCUGGUAAACAUUGGAUUAACUUGUCCUUGAUUAGUUGCUCCUGAAAUAGCAGCACAUUUAUUAAUUCGCGAGAGGAUUCUAUCAUCCAAUUCCAUGGCUAAUGUAUUCUUAUUUUUUCUUGUCACUUUUGAUUAAGUUUACCAUUAAGAGCAAAAAUGCAGUGCAGGAAAAAUGCAUGACGUACAUUUUGAUUGCUUUGACCACAAAAACAUUAUUCUCAGAUUACAGCACAACAAAGAAACAUGUUUGGUUUCAUUUAUCCCAUUUUCGGUUUUAUCUGUUAUGUCCGGAUGCAUCUGAAAAAAAUCUGCUGAUAGGAGCAAACAUGUUUGUACAAAUGAUCUUUGUGGAACUGAAAAAUAAAUGCAAUAUUUCUUCA